GGAGUAUGCUAGGGCAGAAUGGAGGUGGAGCGAGUGGUGGUGGCGGUGGACGUGCGGCAUUUGAUCGGGCAAGCGCGCAGCUAUGGCUGUGCCUUGGAGAGCUUGGUGCGCAGGAUCUUGGCCAUGGUAAGCAGCAGCAACACAAUGUGGGCAUUCACCUUCUUGGAUUCGCUCGCGUCUGGGGCGUCGACGAGUGUGCUGGGGAGAGCUGGGACGGCGCCGUUCGCGUCGGCGAGAAACGAGCGUAGCAUCAGGGCAUUCCGGGAUUGCGUGGACAAGCUACUAGUGGGAGAUGCUCAGGAAGAUCACGCUGCUGCUGCUCCUCGCCAUGCCUGGGCAUUCCACAUCGCGAAUGCGUUACUGCCGCUUCUCACUGCUUACUCGUGGGAUCCGCUGCUCCUCGACGACAAUGGUGAUCGCGGGAAGUCGAUGCUGCUACCCAUCACCCGCCCGAGCUUGUUGCUAGUGCUGUCCACGGCGCCAUCCCGGCAAGAGCUCCAUGCAUUCCUCUCCUCGUCCUCGGACACGGCCGGGCUUCCCGAAGAAGAGCGAAGAAUCGCUUCUCUCCACAAGCUCUUGGAAAAGAAGAACGUACACGCUCUUUGGUUCCAGCCGCCGGGAGAAGCCGCCACCUUGAUGGAUUUGCUCCAAGCUGUCAAGAGCUCCUCCUCCUCUUCCUGGGGUUUCUCGUCCGUGGACACCUUCCUCGUCGCCACCCUCGUCAUGCCACACCGUCUCCUCCUUCCAGUGCUUUUGUUGCCGCUAGUUUUCCCACGCACCACCCAGCGCCAUCUUACUCCUCCAGCCAAGCUCCGUGUGCGCAUCUCGGACAAGCACCGGUUUGUAUGUGACGUUGGCAUCACAUCACUGGGUGAGAGCACAAGUUUGGACGAGCACGGGUGUUCCAAGAUUCGUCUUGCUCUCACUGCCGUGCUUCCACGCAGCGAUCGAACUGUGGCCUCGGCGCAGCAGCACAGAGUAGUCGAGACAUACGUCGUGUACCAGCAUCGGCAAAGGAGCGGGAUCGGCAAGGAGCUUACUGGAAGCGCGAGACGCGAGUUGCUACAAAGGCUUGAGCACUUGCCCGAGGAGCUCGUCUGCCGGCAGCACCAUGAGCUCAGCUUGAUCCUGCUCUUCCUGGCACGUCAAGUUGCUGUUGCUCUCGUGGAUAUGGAGGUUACGCAGGGUGGGACGACGAGACAGCUGAAAGGAUUUCUGGAGCCACUGUCCAUCUCGUCGGCCACGUUACGUAUAGUCACAGGACAAGACGCUCUCACCAGCGCGAGAGUUUCGAAUGCCUCGGACGACGCAAAGCAGCCAUGCACACGGCUGCUCUCAGGUAGCUGGAACGAGGCGUGGAGCUGGUGUAUGAAGUUGCUGCUCCAGAAUGCAAGUAUGGACUGGAUGGACCCGGUAUUCAAAGAGUCCAUGUACCCGGGAGUUUUCAAAGCUUGGAAGAGACAACGGUGGCAAGAGAGCACGUCUGGACAAGUCGUUGCUGCACCCGACACGGGACCAGGUGAUUGCAAGCAUCAAGAACAAGAUGAUAAUGAUCCAGCAAUGGACGUCUCGCAGGACAUGGCAGAGUCGUAUACCUCUUCUCUAGCCGAAAGGCUUGAAGGUUGCAUCAGUGCCGGCAACUUCGACGCAGGGAAGCUCGUGAGGGACACGGCUGCCGCUGUCCAGGCGUGUCGUGCUCCUCCAGAAACGAUCCACAACUUGCUCCUCCUGGCUCCCAAGGAGUUGUCCUUCAAAUAUACGGAAGGCGGCAGCAGCCAUUCGAUGGAUCACAAACUCAACGAAUACACGCUUCAGAUCCAGCUUCGGCUUGAAAUGCUAGCCGCUGGCCAAGCACCGGGCAUGGAGGCCGAGUUCACGGAGCAAGUCUGUGAGCUUCUGUAUGACAUCCAAUUCAGCCUUGGUGGUGAUAUCUUCACGGAGGAGGCGCCCCUUGUCAAGUUUGCUGACCGAGUCGUGCGCUCAAGCUACGAGAAGGUCCCUCGCGUUGUCGACGACAUUUACACGCGGAUGGAGUUUCUUGGAUACGAUAGCCCCGAGCCAAACGCAGUGGAAGAAAUGCCGCUAGCAGCAGUGCCAUUGGCAUUCUCGGAGGAGGUUGUGAGGAGCGGGAGUGACGUUACGAAGGCCCAGAUGGACGUGGAGAGAGCUCGGAGGCUAUCACACUUUUCUGGGUUCCAACAAAAGCGUAAAUUCGUGAAGAAAGCGCGGCUUGCUGCUACACCAAGCCACAAAGCAACUGUGGACUCGGUGCUUGAAACACCACACAUUCAACUGUGCUCUUCCCGACCCAAGGGGCCGUCUGUGCUACCACGGCGCUCAAUCUUCCCGUGAUUCUUUCUCCAGGAUGUUGGACAAACCGAAAGAUAUACCUUGAGGCGACAUUUAAAGGAAGUCAUGGAUCAUCAAGGUCAAACGGGUGACUCGAAAGAUCUUUCCUUUUCAACUGACCGUGCCCAGACCAAACAAUUUUGUUAUUUCAUGAAACUGGAGUCAAAACGGAAUGUUGCGGUGA